GUCGCCCUGUCCAUGUACGAAUGGACGGGGCGGGAGCGAACUCCAGGUGUUGGAUUGUCUGUGAAUGGAACCCACUGUGUCCAUUCACGAUCAGCUCGCAUUGUGACGUGGGUGGUGCGGAGGCGGAAAUGCGGAUAGUCCCGGGACACGCUGGCUUCGGGCGUUCAUAGUGCGCUCCCGUGCUGCUCGAAACCUUAGCACAGUUUAACCACACUGCAAUCUGCAACGCGAGUAACUUUGCAGGACGGCAAAAUAAAAAAUAAUCGGAAUUUGUGCGGGUAGUCAAUCUCUUCAUCGAUUGCUGGUUCACUUAGGAAAAGAGGGAAACAUUUUGCAUUGAAUUUUCAAUUCUCCUCAUCCCGUUUGCAAUCUGGUUUCACCAACAACUCACGUGGUGCAAAAGUAAACAGCCUUGAAGGAUAGGAUAAACUGCAUUUAUGGUUUGAUUGUUUAUAAAGUGUUUGCAACAGUUGUACACCACGUGUUUGUCGGAUUGUACAAGGGACAGCCGCGGAAUGACAAGAGUAGAUUGCAUCCUUUAAAGCGUGAUUUAUAUAUCACAUAAAACGACAAGAGGAAUCUGCAAGAGACUGAUUGACUGGUCCGGUCGUAAUGUCUGCAAUUGCAUACAUCGAUUACCUUGCCGCUGAGUGCCUGGUUUCUAUUUCCAGCCGCCCUGUGGUGCACCAGUCUGCUAGGCAGGGCUUGGCCGGAGAGGAGAGGAGAGAAGUCCGGGAGGGCUGUGGUUCCCUACUGGGCAUGGCCAGGAUCCUGGCGGACCUGAGCAAGUGCAAUCCGCUGUCACCGGUGGGAUCCAGCCACGAAUCCUGCGCCCGGGAAGCGCAUUUUACGCCCGCAAUUCCGUUCUGUGGCGCAACGGACCAAGUGAAAGGUUUCUCCAGCCAACGGCACGAAUGUCCGUACAGUGGAUGCGCCAAAGUCUAUGGAAAAGCUUCCCACUUAAAGGCGCACUUGAGAACGCACACAGGAGAGAGGCCCUUUCCUUGUACGUGGUCCGGUUGCUGUAAAAAGUUUUCCCGUUCCGAUGAGCUAACACGGCACUACAGAACCCACACCGGCGAGAAGAAGUUCAAGUGCCCCUUGUGCGAGAAAUGUUUCAUGAGGAGCGACCACUUGACCAAACACGCCAGGCGGCACCCUGACUUCCAGUCCAGCAUGCUACAGAGAGCACGGAGGGGCACCGUCUCCUCCCUGGCUACAGUCCUCCAACCAGCAAGAUGCUGCUCGACACGCUGAGUUUCUCCAGUAGAUUGUUUGUUACUCCAGAUUCCAUCCUCUGCAGCCUUGUGUACCUAAGGAUCUUUCGAUGUUCUGCUUCCGGGCCACACGGCUUAUUUGCCUGCGACAGCUAAUUUCAAAGCAAAUAAUUUUAGAGACAGUUCUCCAGUCUCAGUCCAUCGAAGAGACGGACAGUUGCGAUACCCUCCAGAGGGAGCUGUACUGCAGUUUAAUUCCGAAUCAGUGCAAGCACCAGUGGAAAAGUCCACUGCAAGCCUGUGAGCAAAUCAACUACAUGAUGGAUUGAAGGAUAGAGCAUAGUAACAGGCUUUUCAGCUCACUGCGCCCACGGUGACCAUCGAUCACCCUUUCAUACUAGUUCUAUAUUAUUCCACGUUCACAUCCAUUCCCUACACUAUGAACAAUUUACAGAGGCCAAAUAACCUACAAACCUGCACGUCUUGAUGUGGGAGGAAACCGGAGCACCAAGAGGAAACACACACGGUCACAGGGAGAAUGUACAAACUCCAAACAGACAGCACCUGAGGUCAGGAUUGAACUCGGGUCUCUGGCGCUGUGCGGUAGCAGCUCUACCAUAUAAGAUGAGUAAUGUACAUUUGUCAUGAAUUUCAAAAUCCAGUUUGUUUUAAUUUUUAAUUCAACUUUCCAGUAUUGACCAGGCCCUAAAAUAUUGAUACAUGAAACAGCUCAACUGAACUUAAAAAUGACACUGCAAAAAUAAACAUAAUUUAUUUCACUUCAUACAGGGACAAACCAUUUCAAAGGGUAAUUCUUUUCUUUUAAAACAAAUAGCAAGUGCACAUUACAAGUAUCAAAACAACAAGUGAGUUCUCAAAGACAAUUUAAACACCAAAAUAUUUUCCAUGGAAUUUUACAAAAAUGCAAAAGGAGAAAAUUAUACAAUUUUUUAACAUGUUUCAUUAAAAGCUAAUGCGAAGGAAAUUCAAUGAAUUGGUUUAGUUGCAAUGAAGUCAUAAAAUAGCAUUCUAUUCUAAAAGGGCAGAUACCAGAAUCAGAACCCAGAUAUUCCCCUUUAUAGAAUAUCUGGAGCUAUGAAUAUGGCAUGUUUGGCCUUCCUCUAAAGGCAUUAUCAGGCUGAGACAGGAGUAACAGGGAGAUCAAGGGAAAACUGGAAGGAAUUAUAGAAUUAUAUUUGUUCUCAUUAAAAUUGUGCAUGUAGCAAUUUAUUUGGUAAAAAUUAUGGAAUACACUGAUUAGAAAACACCUGCAACUCUAGGACACUAAAUAUUCUGUUAUCCAUUAUUUACAAAAAUAAUGCAGAUGCAAGUACAGCAUUUUAAAUAGAUAACUUUUUAAACCAGUCACGUUCCAUAUUUGAAUUAUGCCACAGAUUAAAAUUACAAUGUUUUUUAAUAUGGCCGACAGCAAUAUUGAAGGCAAAGAUGCAGGCCUUGCACCUGGUGCAACACCGUGUUCUACUGAAUAAAUUAUGGAGGACUUGGCAACAACCCUCUGUCAAGUGAUUUCAUGAGAACACAAGAGAUUUGGUGAGUCUUAAAAAAAGUGUGCAAGGCACACAAUUUGACAAGUUGCUCGUGCAGCACAACUAGAGUACUGGCUAAAUCUAUAACAGACAAAGCUUUUGAUAGCCAAUUUAAAUUACCCUCAGUAUUAUUCUCUUUCUAUGUAAUAUGCAUCCUGACAGGUAGGAUGCAAAAUACCUUAUCCUGCAGAGCUCAUGAAUUAUGUGUACAGCAUAGUUCCAAUUUGAGAGAGGAGUAACUUUCGUUUCCAAUAGAAGUUGGAUUCUAGUACUACUCAAAAGUUUCUUUCACUAUUUAAAAUAAGAUCUGCUGCUAACAGGGAGCUGCUCGUUAAACUGAAAUAGCUGAUUAUUAAUUUUCUAAUUGCUGGCUGACAGGCACAGUUUUAACAAAAAUGUAUUUGAAGCAUAUAUGUUUUCUCUUUCCUAAAAGGGGAAAUGGUUCUGCAUAUCCCCAUUCAAAACUGAUCUAAGUGUCGUCAUAAAUUUAUCAGACAACCCAAGAUUGGGAUAUCCAGCAGGAUUUUACUGGCAAUUUGCUUCAUUAAAUUUGCUAAUGAAGCAAGUACUCAUAUCCAGGGAUAUUAAAUGGAAAUCCUCAAUCUUUACUGAGGAAUCUAUCUUUAAAUGGAAUCUCUCUUUACUGAGAGAAACUCUUGACUCCCAUUUACUUUUUACAACACUCUAUAACAGUUCUGUUAAGAUCAAGGCACACCAGAAUGAAAGCAUUGAAUAUAACUGCAUGGGUAGAUGUGCGUAAGGACAAUGGCGUGUGGCCAAAAAAGGGACAAAUUUAUAUUGCUGCAUCAGCAAUAUCUAGUCCAUUUAUGUAACACGCAUUCAUCAAGGCUGUUGAGCAAUUGGUUCCAGAACACACAUGUUCACACACCAGGAUCACAAUGGAUACCAGCAGUCAAAUAAUUACAUACUAUUUUCUUUCAUUUCAAAAAUAAUAAGCAAAGGUAUACUGUCAAGCACAGGCAAAAUGACAUUUAGAUCUUCCACCAUCCCAUUCUCCAAAAACAUA